AUGCUCAAACCGGCCUCCCAUCUCAUCCAUAUCGUUCAAAAAGACGGGAAACUGCUGAAGGACUACAUCAAGAGCUUCAAUCUUGAAGCAAUGCAGGUGCAUAAGCAUUAUGAAGAGCUCGCCCUAACCACAAUAAUGGGGGGGGGAUUGAGAGACCCCAAGUUCCUUUUCUCACUCGACAAAAAUCCGCCUAUGACGAUGGCCAGCCUUCUGAACAGGUCACAAAAGUAUUCUAAUGUCGAGGAAGCCUCUACCCUACGAAAGUCCGUUCAGAGUAAAGGGACAACAACCAAAGAGUGGCAACCAAAGGUAGAGCUUGGCUCGGCCAGUGGAAGCAAGAAGAGGAAGGAUGACCAACUGCAGAGCAAUCCGUAUCCGAAUAAGUGGCCCGAUAGUAAGUUUAAUUCGUAUACUUCCCUGAAUAAGACGCCCGAGCAAGUCUUAAUGGAACUUCAAGACAAGCGCAUCCUUAAAUGGCCGAGUAAGAUGAAAGCCAGUCCUGACAGGAAAAUCUGCACCAUCUUCGGAGGUGCCAUCGGUGGAGGAGAUUCAAACCAAGCUCGAAGAGCUCAUGCAAGGAUCAUCACUCAUUCUGGCUCAGAACGGGAAAUCCUUACCGCCAGCAGACCUUCAAAAGAACUAAAAAUAGAAACCUACAGCAUGACCUUUACUAAAGAGGACGCUCGAGGAGUCCACCAUCUGCACAACAAUGCGCUUGUGGUUAUAAUGACCAUAACCAACCGCAAAGUAUUCCGAAUCCUCGUGGAUACCGAAUCUUUGGCGGACAUCCUCUUCGCACAUGCGUUUGACAGAAUGGGGAUUGGACGAUCUCAACUCCAAGCCGUUAAGACUCCCUUGCUCAGAUUUUCAGGACGCAGGGUCAUACCCGAAGAAUCAACACAUCUUCCACUCACCGCUAGAGACAUGUAG